AUGGAGGCUGUCCUCCGAGAAUCCCCCUUCGGGCAGCUCGUCCGUCUGGUAACAAAAAACAAAUACUUUCAAUAUCCUGAGGAGAAGGCCGACUUCAAGCUACCUGACGAAUGGAUCAAGGUCAUGGACGGGUCGGGCUCUGCAACCGGCUCCGAAGACACUCAGAUCGAAGCUCAACCCGAAGCUCCAGCCCCAGCACAACAAUCCGACAGUGACGAAAGUCCCAGUGAUGAGAGUCCCAAUGAUGAAAGUCUCAGUCACGUCACGACCCAAAAUAGUCUACCAUUCACAGAAGCCCGCCUCGAAGCGGACGAGCAACACGAAAUCGAAAAAACCAAGUCGAUUCCCAUUUGCCCGAAAAAGACCAAAGAUGGCGCUAUCCUCGUCGACUGGUACUAUACCGAUGACGCCGAGAAUCCACACAACUGGUCCAAUCUCAAGCGUGCUGUGAUGGCAACCAUCAUCUGUCUCUAUACUUUCGUGGUAUACACCACAUCCGCCAUCUACACCUCGUCGGAGGGAGGCAUCAUGCAGGAAUUCGGCGUUAGCGAGGUGCUCGCUACAUUAGGUCUCUCGCUGUAUGUGCUUGGAUACGGAACCGGUCCCUUGCUCUUCUCACCGAUGAGUGAGAUCCCCAUUAUUGGCCGCAACCCAGUCUAUAUCGUGACCAUGUUCCUCUUCGUCAUCAUCUCUAUCCCCACAGCUUUCGUGGGUAACUUCCCUGGCCUGAUGGUGCUCCGGUUUCUGCAGGGAUUCUUCGGCUCACCAUGUCUUGCCUCGGGCGGUGCUUCGAUCGGCGAUAUGUAUAGUCUUAUGUCUCUGCCCUACGCCAUGAUGGCUUGGGUUGCUGCCGCAUAUUGCGGACCUGCCCUCGGUCCACUCCUCAGUGGCUUCUCCGUCCCUGCCAAGUCCUGGCGCUGGUCUCUCUUCGAAUCGAUCUGGGCCUCAGCCCCCGUGUUCCUCCUCAUGUUCUUCUUCCUUCCCGAGACCAGUACCCCGACGAUCCUGCUCAGGCGCGCAAGCCGUCUCCGUCGAAUCUACAACGAUGAUCGCUUCAUGUCCCAGUCUGAGAUCGACCAGCGCAAUAUGCGUGUUUCGGAUAUUACCGUGGAUGCGCUGAUAAAGCCCAUGGAAAUCACGAUCAAGGAUCCCGCUGUGCUCUUCGUCCAGAUCUACACGGCCAUCAUUUACGGCAUCUACUACUCCUUCUUCGAGGUCUUCCCGCUGGUCUACCCGGUUGACUACAACAUGAACCUCGGCCAGAUCGGUCUAGUCUUCCUGUGUGUCUUGGUAUCUUGCCUUAUCGCCAUCGCCGUCUACUUCUCCUACCUAUACUUCUGGAUGAAUCCGCGCAUCCGCCGCUUUGGAUUCCCGGUGCAAGAGCAGCGCCUGAUCCCGGCGCUGCCCGCCUCGUUCGGUCCAACAAUUGGUCUCUUCCUCUUCGCCUGGACAGCUCGCGCCUCGAUCCACUGGAUCGCGCCUACGAUCGGAAUCACCAUCUACGGCGCGACGGUGUUCGUCAUCAUGCAGUGUAUUUUCGUUUAUAUCCCGCUCAGCUACCCCAAAUACGCAGCCAGUCUGUUUGCUGCGAAUGAUUUCUUCCGCAGUGCGUUGGCUUGUGGCAGUGUGCUCAUUGCGCAUCCUUUAUUCGGCAACUUGGGCGUUGCUCGCGGUGUCAGCCUCCUUGGUGGGCUGAGCGUUACUGGUAUCAUUGGUAUCUGGCUGCUUUACUUCCAUGGUGCGAAACUGCGUUCUAUGAGCAAGUUUGCUCUCUCGCCCGGGGCCGCGUUUGAAUAA